AUGGCACCAAGCCGUAUCUCCCUCCCAAGCCUGCUUUGUCUUGCCAUCUUCCUUGUCCUGACAAUUCUCUCAACCUGGAGCUCACAAGAACAUACCAUCAAUGAACGAUGUGGCAAUUUGCUCACUAGUGGAAAGUGGCCCCAGACCCUUAGCUGGAACAAUCAAACAAGAGUCUGGGCUCCACAUGGAUGCAUGCUGUAUCCCUACAAGUCCAAAGAUGUCUACGAGUGCCUUUCCCAACGAUCUCUCACCUUCUUGGGCGAUUCGACUGCGAGGGAGUUGUUCUGGGCAGUCUCAAACAAGCUGGACGAGGAAAGAUCUUUCGACCUCUACCGGUCCUCCAGAAAGCACCAGAAUCACAUUUUCCGCGUUGGGCAAGUCGACGUCGAUUUUGUAUGGGACCCUUUUCUCAAUGCCUCAGCAUUGCCUCGACAUCAACUAUUCUCAGUUUCGAAUCUGCAUUCUAGACAUGACUCAGACGUGCUGGUGGUUGGUGCUGGUUUGUGGCAUAUCAAACACCUAGGAACCAGCCUGAGCCGUGAAGACGAGAUCUCAGAUCUCCUGCAAGAUUACCUCGAGCCGCGAUCUGCACAUCUGAGUGCUAUCAUGCUGCCAAUAUCGACGUCACAGAGCUCCCGAGUGACAACCAAUAAAGCACAACUAGUUGAGCAGAAAGGGAUAAAUCGGUCAAACAAAUUCAGUGAUGAAAUUUCAAGCUCCGAGAACGAAAAUACUACCUUGCAAUCAACAAUUUUUUCCAGCUACCUAGGUAUUGUUGAGGGGACCGACAUCGCGUUCAAGCCAGAUGGUAUUCAUAUAAGCGAGUCCAUUACUCCAGUCAUCGUCGACGUCCUCUUGAAUUCAAUGUGCAACGACCUAGGGCAUCUCGGAGGAAAUCAGCAGACUGCAUACUGUUGUGUCCCGAACAGUAGUCUUAACGCAGUUCAAAAACUUUUCUUCUUGGCGACCUUGGUAUUUGUCCUCUACAAUACUUUGAAACAUCUCACAAAAUAUCGUUGGACCCUUUUCUCGCCUUGCCGGAUCACCUAUGGCAAUGGCAAGCGUCCUUGUGUUUCACAGGCUGUGGCAAGCAUCCUCGUUAUUCUGCUAUACUGUUUUAUAGCAGAUCGAACCUUCAUGUUCGAAAAGGUGAACAAGCUCGUGGAUCCAACAUCAUUUAUCGUCCUCUCAGGUCUUUUGCUACUAACCGGGCUGGCUUCGAUAAGCAAUGUAACAUCUCUCUCCAGCUCUGUCAAAGGCAUACCAGGCUCACACUGCUCGCCCUCACAACUAUUAUCAAGAUCUCAAACGGAAGAAUGGAAAGGCUGGAUGCAAAUUAUCGUCCUUUUAUACCAUUAUUUUGGAAUGUCCAAAGUUCUCUGGGCGUAUCAACUGGCGCGUGUCUUGGUUGCCUCCUACCUCUUCAUGACAGGUUAUGGUCAUACAAUGUACUUUCUCCAAACAGGUGACUUUUCCUGCCGAAGAGUCGCUAUUGUACUUUUCAGAACCAACAUCCUCAGCGUCAUGUUGGCAUUUGUGAUGGGCACUCAAUUCGACCUUUACUACUUCCCGAUGCUCUCCAGUCUGUGGUUCCUCAUCAUCUACAUCACGAUCAUCCCAGUCUCAAAAUCUGCACCUACCGUGCGUAAGCUGAUCUUGCGCGUCAUGUUGUCUAUGCUGACAGUGAAACUCAUGUCUUGGCCCCUGGCUCCAACGAUCAGCAUAAUGGACUUUCUAUUCCAGAUUCCAAGCAGUCUCGGGAUUGGGCUCUUCAAGAUAAAUGGAGAGGAAUUCAUGUUCAGAUUUCGCCUUGAUGCCUAUGUCGUGUACAUUGGUAUGCUUGCUGCGAUUUAUUGUUCACGCAUGUCGCUAGUUGACGAUUCAACAACUGCAGCACCUUCCAAAGUCACCAUCAAGUUGUUUUAUCACGCACGACGCCUAAGUAUUUCUGUAUCAUGCUGCUUGAUACUUGCAUACUUGUUCUUCUGCGCGAUUUGCAAAGACAAGUAUGAUUACAACCAGUGGCAUCCCAUCAUCUCUCCAUUUGUCGUGAUGGCAUUUGUCGUCUUACGGAAUUCCACCGCGACGAUCUCUGGUGUCUACUGCCAGUGGUUUGCAUGGUUUGGCCGCUGCUCCUUGGAGACAUUUGUCUUGCAAUAUCACAUCUGGCUCGCCGCCGAUUCUCAUGGAUUGCUUCGACUGAGUGGAUUGGACAUGCUACUCGGCGUAGUCGGUCCCAAAACUAGGUUGUGGAUCGAAAUCUUUCAAUUCGUGUUCCUGUCUGCACUGUUCCUCUGGGCCAGCGCUGUGGUGUCAUCUGCCUUGCCCGUGCUCACAGCACUGGUCUUGAACAAGCCAGUAGUUCAGACUUCUGAAUCCAGGUAUCCGAUUGAUCUGACGACAUCAGGGCGCUUUUUAUCUGCAUCAAAGAAGUCGAUGAUCGGAGUCCGGGCCAAGGUUGUCAUUUUUGCACUGCUCCUUUGGGUCCUGAACCUUUGUUGGCUCUACCUCGAUUAA